AUGGACACCAAGACAUACGACAUCACUCACUCGGAGGAUCUCGCUGGUGGACGGCAGCAGGAGCAUGAAUAUGGCGACAUCCAAGGUACCGCGCGUAUACACGCCUCGCGCAUGGAAGAGGCUCUUCUGCAGGAGAAGCCCAGACCACUGCGAAAGAGCUUCUUGAAACUGUAUGCUUGUAUCUUCAUAGCGUAUCUCUGCUCGGCGACCAAUGGCUUUGACGCAAACACCUUUGGUGGUCUAUCCGCGAUGCCACCGUUCAUUGACUUCUUCGGCAUCAACUCUGACAACCAGGGUCUAAUUGCAGCUCUAUAUGUCAUUGGCAAUGUGGCCGGCUCCUUUUUCGCUGGUCCCUGCUCAGACAAAUAUGGUCGGCGGGUUGGCAUGGCCAUCGGCUCGACAGUGUGCAUCGUUGGGACUAUUCUCCAGGCCGCUGCGCAGAAUCUCGCCACCCUCGAGGGUGGAAGGUUCAUCUUGGGAAUGGGCGCCGUCCUCGUGCAGACUGCCGGACCGAGCUACGUCGUGGAGAUGGCGUAUCCUAAGUAUCGUGGACAGCUCACAGGCGGCUUUCAGGCUUGUUUCUUCUUGGGCACCAUUGUCUCCACCUGGCUCGAGUAUGGAUUGUACUACAUCAACACCAACUCAUCGUAUAUAUGGCGACUUCCGCUGGCUGUGCAGGGCUUCCCAUCCAUACUCAUACUCUGCUUUGUCUGGUUCAUUCCGGAGACGCCUCGAUGGCUCCUAGCUCACGACCGAGUUGAAGAAGCAAAGGCCGUCUUGGUCAAAUACCAUGGGGAUGGCGACCCAGACUCCGUGGUCGUUCGGGUCGAGCUCGAAGAGAUGAUGGAGGUUAUCCGCAUCGACGGCGCGGACAAGCGGUUUUGGGACUUCCGCGAGCUGUUCAACACCAGGGCUGCGCGAUAUCGCACCUUUUUGGUCACCUGCAUUGCAUGGUUCGGCCAGCUCGAUCUGCCCCCGACGAGCUAUUACUUCCCUCUCAUGGCGAAGACGGCCGGGAUCACCAGCGUGCACACCCAGUUGUUGCUGAAUGCCCUCCAGACGCCCAUCAUGAUGGUCGCGGCGCUCUGCGGUCUUCGCUUCGUCGAGAAGCUGGGCCGCCGCAAGGUCCUGAUGGUCUCGAGCGCCGGCAUGUCCGCGUCGGUGGCGGUCAUCACGGCGUGCACGGCGAACCAGGCAGGCAAACCUGCCGUCGGGGCCACAGGAGUGGCCUUUCUCUACGUCUUUCUGGUCGUGUUUGCAUUUGCAUGGUCACUCUAUCCAGCAGAAGUCCUAACAUUCACCGCAAGGGCCAAAGGCAAGCUUCUCUUCUUUCCGUUCCUCUUGCGCAUGGCAUAUCUCAACUUCAUGGUCAACUGCGUCAACGUGCUCAACACGUACGUGCCGCCCGUGGCCAUCGCCAACUCGGGCUGGCGCUUCUACAUCCUCUACGUGGUGUGGGACGCCUUCGGCGUCGUCGUCAUCUACCUCUUCUUCGUCGAGACCCGCGGCCGCAGCCUGGAGGAGCUCGACGAGCUGUUCGAGGCCAAGAACCCCAAGCAGGCCAGUCUGGCGUACAAGCACGUCCUCAUCAGGAGUGACGGGACGAUCAAGGACGCGCCGGAAUCCUGA